UCGCUCUGGCCGUCCACUCUGUUCGUAAGUUCCAUCUUUCUGCUACGUUAUACAGUCUGGUCUUACUGGCUUGUCUGUGGUUGGUUGUUGGGUCAAGUCUGGUAUGAAUGGAACGAAAAGGACACAACUAACAUCCAACAACACAGCCACCAGAACACCAUGAGCGGGCAAACACUCGAGCUCGGACCGGAACAACUCCGUGACUCUUCCUUUCAACAAGCCCAUCAGCGAGCCGAGGAGAACAUGCUCUUCACGCGACGCCUCCAGGAGUGCUUCAGCCAAUACUACAUUCACAUGUGCAAGGAGGAAGUAGACAUGCUGACUUGGGAUGAGACGGUGGUUUCUUUGCGUAGACGACUAGGCGAGGGGCACUACACAGAGCUGUCACCGGCUUGGAGGGAGAGAAGGAAACGUAGAGCUAUGAAUGGGAGGUUGGAAGUAUGGCAGCUUGAGGGGGGAAGAUACGCCCCUAUGGCUAAGAAUGGAAGCUUGCAACUGUCACCGCUAGAGGGAAAGAUUGAAGAGACUACGGCUGAGAUGGGAAGCUUGCAACUGUCACCGCUAGGGGGGAAGAUUGAAGAGACUACGGCUGAGAUGGGAAGCUUGCAACUGUCACCGCUAGAGGGAAAGACUGAAGAGACUACGGCUGAGAUGGGAAGCUUGCAACUGUCACCGCUAGAGGGAAAGACUGAAGAGACUACGGCUGAGAUGGGAAGCUUGCAACUGUCACCGCUAGAGGGAAAGAUUGAAGAGACUACGGCUGAGAUGGGAAGCUUACAACUGUCACCGCUAGAGGGAAAGACUGAAGAGACUACGGCUGAGAUGGGAAGCUUACAACUGUCACCGCUAGAGGGGAAGAUUGAAGAGACUACGGCUGAGAUGGGAAGCUUACAACUGUCACCGCUAGAGGGGAAGAUUGAAGAGACUACGGCUGAGAUGGGAAGCUUACAACUGUCACCGCUAGAGGGAAAGAUUGAAGAGACGACGGCUGAGAUGGGAAGCUUGCAACUGUCACCGCUAGAGGGGAAGAUUGAAGAGACUACGGCUAUGAUUGGAAGCUUACAACUGUCACCGCUAGAGGGAAAGAUUGAAGAGACUACGGCUGAGAUGGGAAGCUUGCAACUGUCACCGCUAGAGGGAAAGAUUGAAGAGACUACGGCUGAGAUGGGAAGCUUGCAACUGUCACCGCUAGAGGGGAAGAGAGACAUGACUACGGCUAUGAGUGAAACCUUGCAAAUAUUACCGAUAGCGGAAGAAAGAGACGUCCCAAUAUCUGAGAAUGGAAGCCUCGAACUAUCAUCGCUAGGGGAAGAAAGAGACGUGACUAUACCUAAGAGUUGGAGCUCCCUAAUAUUACCGCUAGAGGAAAACCGAGAAGCUCCAGCAGACCAUGGAUUUUAUGAAGACUAUGUUCGCUUUGCCUUGGGAGAUGGGGAAGAGGACGAGACCCCAGAAUUCGAUUGCGACAGAACUUGGCUAUACAAAGAGAUGGACCGAGAUCUCUAUUUGACAGUGUCGCCUCGCAAGAAAAAGAAAGAGGAAUAUGUUGAUGGUUCAGAUGUCACACACGCAAGAGAAACCUUAAGACGACUAAAGAUGAUUAUUCAGACCGGAAGAUGCAAAACUCAAAUGAUGCAGAGAAUGAAACGGUCAGGUUUGGUCAUUGAGAAGACUGACACUGGUGGUUACUUUUGUUAAGGAAGAACUGGUGAUGUGG